AUGGCGUCGUUCCUCGAAAAUACCCAUAGUUUGGUCCAUUUGGACAAUGCUGCCGACCAGCCAACUGUGCAGGAGCUGAAGCUGCAACUGGAGAAAGGCAACGAUGAGACCAAGUUGGACACAAUGCGGACAAUUAUCACCAUCAUGCUCAAUGGAGAUCCCAUGCCGCAAAUCUUAAUGCAUAUCAUUCGCUUUGUGAUGCCCUCGAAAAGCAAGCCUUUGAAGAAACUGCUUUAUUUCUUCUAUGAAAUCUGCCCGAAGCAUGACUCUACUGGCAAGCUCAAGCAGGAGAUGAUCUUGGUUUGCAACGGAAUUCGAAACGAUCUUCAACACCCCAACGAAUACAUCCGUGGAAAUACCCUCCGAUUCCUUAGCAAACUCCGCGAACCCGAACUCAUUGAACCCCUCCUUUCCUCCGCACGCUUGUGCCUGGAACACCGCCACGCCUAUGUUCGCAAAAACGCUGUCUGGGCCGUGUCAUCUAUUUUCCAACACUUCGAGUCUCUAAUUCCUGAUGCCCCCGAGCUGCUUCAGACGUUCCUUGAGUCUGAGACGGAUAGCACCUGCAAGCGCAAUGCCUUCGCAGCGCUCAUGUCCAUUAGCCACCAAAAGGCACUGGAAUACCUGCGCACCACAUUCGAUACCAUCCCCAACACGGAUGAGCUGCUUCAAUUAGCAGAGUUGGAGUUCCUUCGCAAGGAUGCAGUACAGAACCCUCAGAACAAGUCACGAUACCUGAAACUCAUGCUCGAACUCCUCGAUGCCUCUACAAGCACUGUCGUUUAUGAAGCCGCAACAUCUCUUACCGCUCUCACCAGCAACCCUGUCGCCGUUAAAGCUGCCGCGGGCAAGCUCAUCGAGCUCGCAAUCAGGGAAGCCGAUAACAAUGUCAAACUUAUCUGCCUGGACCGCGUGGACCAGCUCAGAAUCCGCAACGAGGGUGUUCUGGGUGAUUUGACAAUGGAGGCUCUGCGGGUUCUCAGCAGCCCGGAUAUUGAUGUCCGGAGAAAGGCCCUUAACCUUGCCAUGGAGAUGGUUUCUAGCAAGAAUGUGGAAGAGAUCAUCAUGCUACUGAAGAAGGAGCUUGCCAAGACCGUCGACGAACAAUAUGAACAGAACAGCGAGUACCGCCAAAUCUUGGUGCAGUCAAUACACUCCUGCGCCAUCAAGUUCUCCGAAAUCGCCGCUAGUGUGGUUGAUCUAUUGAUGGACUUUAUUGCCGACUUCAAUAAUAACUCCGCUGUUGAUGUUAUUUCGUUCGUUAAGGAGGUCGUGGAGAAAUUCCCUGACUUGCGUGGAUCGAUUGUCGCCCGUCUGGUUUCGACUUUGAGCGAGGUUCGUGCUGGAAAGGUCUACCGCGGAGUCCUUUGGGUUGUUGGUGAAUACUCUUUGGAGGAGAAGGACAUUCGGGAUGCUUGGCAGACGAUCAGAGCCAGUCUCGGUGAAAUACCCAUCUUGGCCUCUGAACAACGCCUUCUAGAUGAGGUUCCGGAUGACAAUACCCUGCUUUUGGAGCACGCCAACGGCCAACCAAAGGCCGCGCCUACCGGAUCCCGAAAGGUGCUUGCAGAUGGGACAUAUGCCACUGAAAGUGCCUUGACCAGCCAAUCUGCGGCGGCAGCUCGUCUCGAGGCCGUUAAGGCUGCACAGAAGCCCCCAUUGCGUCAACUCAUCUUGGACGGAGACUACUAUCUCGCCACCGUUCUCUCUUCGACAUUGACCAAGCUGGUUAUGCGCCACUCGGAGGUUUCUCAGGAUACUGCCCGUACCAACGCCCUCCGUGCAGAGGCCAUGCUUAUCAUGAUUUCAAUCAUGCGUGUCGGUCAAUCUCACUUCGUCAAGGCCCCUAUUGAUGAGGACUCGGUGGAUCGUAUUAUGACCUGUGUGCGCUCUUUGGCAGAGUUCUCCGAGAAGAAGGAGCUCGAGGCCACUUUCUUGCAGGAUACCCGGAAGGCCUUCCGCGCUAUGGUCCAGGUUGAGGACAAGAAGCGAGCUGCAAAGGAGGCAGUAGAGAAGGCGAAGACUGCUGUACAGAUUGACGACGCCAUCCCCAUCCGCCAAUUCACCAAGAAGAACACUGUGGAGGGAGCCGAAGAGAUUGAAAUGGAUCUCGUUAAGGCCACCGGUGGCGAUUCCACUGUGGACAACGUCUCCUCUAAGCUCAGCCGGGUCGUGCAAUUGACUGGUUUCUCCGACUCUGUCUAUGCGGAAGCUUACGUCACUGUCCACCAGUUCGACAUCGUUCUCGAUGUUCUGUUGGUGAACCAAACCAACGAAACCCUACAAAACCUGUGCGUAGAGUUCGCAACUCUAGGUGACCUCAAGGUUGUCGAGCGGCCAUCCACCAACAACUUGGGUCCUCGCGAUUUCCUGAACGUCCAGGCUACUGUCAAGGUGUCCUCCACCGACACCGGUGUCAUCUUCGGUAACAUCGUUUAUGACGGCGCUAGCUCUACCGAGACCCAUGUGGUCAUUCUUAACGAUAUCCAUGCCGACAUCAUGGACUACAUCCAGCCCGCACACUGCACUGAGACACAGUUCCGGACUAUGUGGACUGAAUUCGAGUGGGAGAACAAGGUUAACAUUAACUCCAAGGCCAAAACUUUACGCGAGUUCCUCAAGCAGCUGAUGGAGAGCACUAACAUGGCCUGUUUGACGCCUGAUGCUUCGCUCAAGGGCGACUGCCGCUUCCUUAGCGCAAAUCUGUAUGCCCGCAGUGUAUUCGGUGAGGAUGCGCUGGCUAACUUGAGUAUCGAAAAGGAGGGUGACGAUGGGCCGAUUACAGGAUUUGUGCGCAUCAGAAGUCGCUCCCAGGGUCUAGCACUGAGCUUGGGCUCCCUGAAGGGUCUCAAGGCGGCAGCGGCUUAA